AAUAGAAUAGGAGGCAAAGGCACAGCAGACAAGAGAGCAAGCAACCAUUUUUUUUUCCUCCUUCCUCAGAAAAGCGGAAGUUGGCACUCAGAAAUCCUACCCGGAGCGGAGAGCGGAGAGCGGAGGGAGCGCCCGCUCGCUCGUCGUCGGUGGUGGUGGCUCCGCCCUCCCCCUCCGCGUCGCCCAGGUGUUAGCUGGUAAAAUAGAAGGGGAAAGGCGCUACCAUGGGCAUUUCAUCCAAGUGGAUCAAAUCACUUGUCGGGAUAAAAAAGCAUGGAAAAGCUCAGAAUGGUGAAAGCAGCAGAGAAAGGAGCUCUGCCGCUCAGGUGCUACACAAACGGAAGCAUUCCGUGGAUACUGAAGGUGCCCUUGCAGUUGCAGAACACACAGUGCAAACUGAACCAUUGGCUAGUGACACCAAUACACAGACAGUUUCAUCUCAGACUGAACUAAAUACAAAGGAGCAUCAGGCUGCAACAGUUAUUCAAUCAGCCUUUCGAGCAUUCUUGGCUAGGCGAGCUUUACGGGCAUUAAAAGGAUUAGUUAGACUCCAGGCUCUCGUUAGGGGCCAUGCUGUACGAAAGCAAGCAGCAGAAACACUUCAGUGUAUGCAAUCACUAGUAAAGGCUCAAGCUCGUGUCAGAGCAAGACAGGUUCGUAUUGGUUUGGAAGGUCAGGUGACCCAGAAGAAGGCUCCUGAACAAAAUGCUCACGAUGAUCAUGCUCGAGAAAUUGAGGAACGCUGGUGUGGCAGUAUUGGCUCAGCGGAAGAUAUGCAAGCUAAAGUAUUGAAAAAGCAAGAAGCUGCUGCUAAGCGGGAAAGAGCAAUGGCAUAUGCUUUAACACACCAGCGGCAGGCAGGUUCCAGGAAACUGAAAGCUGCAGAUGUCCAAGGGCCAGAGGCGGAUGAGAACCAGUGGGGGCGGAACUGGGUAGAGAGGUGGGUGGCUGUACGCCCGUGGGAGAACAGGUUACUGGACAGUAAUGCCAAAGAGAGUGUACCAAUUGGCGAUGAUAAGGAGGCUGAGGAAAAUGGGGACAGGGAUGUAAACAAUCCAAAAGGAAAAGUUGCAGUUUCGGGCAUUCAGUCAAAUGGUUCAAGCCAGACGAAAGAUGCAAAACACAAGAAGUCACAUUCUGAUGCAAGUGGUUCUUCAUCGGGGCAAUCUGCGGCUGCACCACCCACCGCUUCUUUGGGUUCAUCCAAGCUGAAACCGAAGCCAUCGGAUCAAACCUCUGAGGAAGUCAGCCCUCAACCUACAGAUCCGGCUCCGCGGUCCACAAGUAAUCCCAAGGAAAGGCCAGCACAAGUCAGUGCACCAACCAAGAAGCGGCUAUCCCUUCCUAACAACGCAGCUGUCGGUGGCGCGGCAAGAAAAGGCCAGGUGAGCAGCAGCGAGAGAACUCGGUCCGUCGGUUCCAAGAACACGGUGAAGGGUGCAUCGAAGCCUGAAUCGAAGCAGCGACCGAGUCCCGGUAGCGCAACCGCGAAGCGGGUCCAGGCACAGGCCUGAUGAUUCAAGCCACUCCCUCCCAUUUCAUUCAGAAACUUGGUCAUGGCAAUGCCCAUCUGUCACGGUGUGUCGCCGCAUCGUCUGUGUACAUAAAACCGAGAAAUAAACAACCCCGCAUCUAGAUCGCCGCCAUGCUCCACGCCCCGCCAUCGGUAGGCGUCGUCGUAACCGUUUCCUCGGUCAUGCUUCCGUCAUCUACCAUUUCUGUGUGUAUGUUAUCUUCUUCAAGCCACUCUUCCGAAAGAAGCAAAGAGGCUAGCACCAUGUUAUCUGCAAGUUGUGUUCGUCCUUGAGUUUCAGUGUAAGAAAAAAACAUGAUUUAGUUGUUCCAACUUGACAUGUUCUCCAGCACUCGGUGGUGGUUGGUGCCAUGCCAUCAACCAUGCGUAUCCCCCAUGUAUAUCUCUCUCUGGCUGCCCUUCUUUCAUGGAAAGUUCAUCUUGAUUCUUCUGGAUGGUUUUUUAUAA